AAACAAAGAGGCUCUUUUCCUGCCUCCACUAUAACGAGUAUUGGUUUAUUAUCGGACAACUUCUUACGCCAGUGAGUAAAAUAGAAAUAUCUCGAUGUUGUAGCGUCAUUUCCGGUGGAAUUUUCCAACGAAGAUCAAUCCGUGCCCUUUAAAAGAGAAGCGCUGAAGCGCUUGCUACCUACAGUAUUAUACAGGCAGUGAACAGCGCGGCACUGUGCAAGCAGAGAGGACCACAGAAUUAAACUGAAUACAGUUAUCGGUGCUUAAAAAAAACAAAAAAUUAAAAUUAAAAUAACAUAAAUAUUUCUCAUCAACGAAUAGAGGCUCAUCUAAAAACCAUAAGACAGUGGAAGAAAAAUCAUAUUCCUAAAGCGACAGUAACUAAUAAUUUCAUUUGUGCAGUGUUGAGCUUCUACAAACUUCAGCCACCAUGUUCAUGCUGACACCCCCUACUGGUGUCUUCCAGCAUGCCAAGAAAUUGUUUCUGAGUGAGCAAGCAGGCCAGCUCCAGGAGUUUGCACGGAAGAAUGUGGCCAAUGGUCUGUCUAUGGCGAACAUGGUGAUGGGACUGUGCUCUAUCCUCUGCAGCCUCAAUGGACACCAUUACGCUGCCUGCUGGCUGCUUCUGGUGGGGUACCUCCUGGACUUGGCUGAUGGAGCGGUUGCUAGGCAACUCAAUGCCUGUUCAGCUCUUGGAGCUCAGCUGGAUGAUUUUGCGGAUUUCACCACGUUUGGCAUCGCCACGGCACUGUUGCUGCAGGCCCAUGGUUUACUGGAUGGCAUUCUGGUGAUCUUCUACGUUAUGGCUGUUUUCACUCGUCUCUGCUUUUACUCUAGUGGCAUCCCCUUCAUGUACCGAGGGCUGCCCUGCCCCUAUGCCUCUGCUAUCCUGGCCUGCACCAGCCUGCUGACAGGAGCCAAUGUGCUGGUGCUGCGCAUCACUGCUGUGCUGAUGAUCCUCUUCAUGGUGGACCACGGAUUCUACCCCCACGACAAGGUGCUAGAGUCCCAGGCCUGGAAGAAGAUUGUCUAUGCAGGCGGAGUUGUCAUGGUGCUGUGUUCUUCAUUUCCCUCAGCUUGUGUUUACUACCUAAUAUGGUCAGUCUCCUACAUUCUCUUCCCAGCAGCUCUCUGGAGUUGUAAAGUGUAACACAAACCCCAGCAAGUCUCUUCCUCAUUCUAACCUUUCCAGCAAAAGCUUUGGCUACGGAAGCUGAGCCAGUGUUGGACAGACUCCAUCAUGAGGCAGCAUGUCACCAUGACAACUAAAGACACAUUAACCUUCGACCUGAAUAGGCUGCGACAGUCCUCAGUCUCUUUUUAUUGAAGUGCUGAUUUUAGGAUUUUGGUGUUUUAAAAACCCUUCUGUAUAGACGAUUGUAUAUGUACAUUAAUUUGGUCGUCUAAUGGAAUAUGAUUCCAUACAAAACUGCAUUUUUAAAAGUCUCUUUCUUUGUGUUAAACGGAUUGUAUAUUGCUUGUGUAUUACUGAAGGGGGUAUAAUUGAUAUAAUUGGGAGGAUAUUUAGGCAGUUGGUGAUUUGCUGAGCUACAGCUGAGAAGUUGGAGACAUGGUCACAGUUUACUAAUCUGAUACCCCUCACACAGGCCUUAGUGGCAAAGGCCUUGUAACAAUGGGAUGCAGCCUUUAUGCUUGGAGUUUUUCAUGAUUUUGUAAUAAACUGAACAUACAAAUGUAUAGUAGCUGCUUAAAGACCUAUUGUGACCCUUGUACACCUUUACCAUAAAAGCAUAAUAACAAAUAGUAAAAAAAAAUGUGGUAAAGGAUUAAAAAAAAAAACAUGUAACCUUUUUUACAUUGAAUUAGCUUAACAGCAUGAUAACGUGUGUCCUUGUGUUUCGGCAGAGUACAGUCCUGAAUAUUUCAAUAUCAGGCAUGUCUAUAGCAUGCAAACUUUCCAAAGCCAGUCAUUGCCCCCCGGUGUGAGGAGGCACAUUCAAGUAUCUGCCCAGAAAGCUUCUGCUUCUCAUCUGUGUCUCUCUGUGCAUUUCUUCUUGAUAAGGGGCUGUGCUGUUUUUCACUGUCAUAGCAGAAGCAGGACAGAAGAUAUUUUUCCCGAUAUGUAAGAUUUGUAUAUUUUUUUAAACAGUUGAAGGCUGUGUUAAAAUGUAUAUUUAUGUGAUAUAAUGUAUAAGCUAUGCCCACUGUGAAUGAGAUUUAGGAAAGUAUAUCAUCAGGACUGGUUUAUACUGGUCUUCAGACUACUGGGAGACGUAACGUGACUGGCUAAAGUUCAACUCCACUAUAGAGACUAGAAAUCAUCACGGUAGCUAUGCUUUCAUCAACAAGACAAACACAUUUCGAGUGAACUUGCACAAUUUCACACAAUAUAUGCGAAUCCUAUUGUACAAAAAACUGUUUCCAUCAAACUGGAUUCUAGUGAACAAACAGCUGUAUGUAAUGACGUCACAAGUUUUUAAAAAAAAUGGUUAUUGCAUAAAUGUUUUUGAUCUGAACAACAAAAAAAAAAGUUUGAUUCAUUUCCAUUCAUUUAUUUUUCUAUUUACUUGCUACUGUGUAAACUCAAGUGAAUAACCAGCCUCGCUGAGCAUUCAGGUAUAUAACUGCUGCUGGACUGAAAAUGGACCAAGAAGGAACAGCGUAUUUUCCAGAAUUAACUGAAAUUGCACAAGCAUUGAUAUAUAUAUAUAUAUAUAUAUAUAUAUAUAUAUAUAUAUAUAUAUAUAUAUAUAUAUAUAUAUAUAUAUAUAUAUAUGUAUAUAUAUAUAUAUAUAUAUAUAUAUAUAUAUAUAUGUACACACAUUAAUAUAGCCUCUAAAUUUAAAAGUAUUUUUUGAAGCUGUACUUUUUCCCUUAUGUAAUUUAAGUAAUCGUAAUAAUAAUAAUAAUAAUAAUAAUAAUAAUAAUAAUAAUAAAGCAAACAUAAUGGCAGUCCAGUAUCAGAUACCCACCGGAGUUAGCUGUACCGAAACUUAAAAGAAGAUCAGUCCUGCUUGGGAAAAUUAGUAUUUUAUUUAACGGUCCAGGGGUGGAAUGUAAUGAAGGAAUUAAAAUCUACAGUGGCCAGAGAUUAUGCAGAGAAUUGGUGUAAAAAGAUGAUGAAAAUAUUAAACGUGUCUGCAGCAGAAAAGAAGAUGUGUAAGAAAAGCGAAAGAAAACAGGGUCAGGUGUAUGUCGGCAUUUGUGAACUUGGACCAGAACGACGCACAGAAUGAUCUCUGUCUCGCCCAAAAGCUGUUACAGUUUACCACAAGUCAGCUUAUUAUUUACCAUCGUUGUGUAAAUGUUGAAGCAAGUUCACUUUGAGUUUUUGAACCUAACAGAAAUCUUUGGACGCUCUAAUGCAAAAAAUCUAAUUGCAGCCAUAUUCAGUUGUUUGGAAAAUGAACAAAAUAAUUAUCCAGUCCAGAAAAUUGUGGGGUUUAAAUCGGACGGUGUAUAGGUAGUGCUAGCCCAGCAUUAUGAAGUUUGUAUAUUUUAUAUGAUCAUGUCCAUUAGUGAGGUUAGUAUUUUGUAACGUGUCUGUCAUGUAACGUGACUGUGGUGAUCCCUGCAGUGAUGUGUUAUUUAAGUUGAAUUACUGUAACUGCUUUGUCCGCUGCUCCCCAAGCAAGUUUUUUUUAUAUUACAAAAAAACAUAGGAGAUUCAAGAAUCAUUCUUUUUGAUAAUUACGGGGGUCAAUUACAGCUGUGGAAAAAGUUUCGCAGUACCCUACAGUAUUAACCAGUUUUGCUUCAAAAAGUCGAAUGAAACCUGCUGAAUAAUGUUACGUUAACAUAUUGAAUUACAUACCGCUUUGUAGUUUUCCAUAUACUUAACAAAAAACUAUUGAUUAAUAAAAUAUCUAAAUUCUGUUCAUGUAGUUUCUUUUUUUUAAUUAUGUCUCAAUUCUAAAAUUGUAGGUGAUGUAAAACUUUUGGUCAUAGCUGCAGAUUUGAUUAACAUAUGAUAUGUGUCAUUAAGUUUGCAUUAAGUGCCCUGUCUGACCACGUAAAUACCACCAUAUGACUGAAAAAAGUAUGCGCUAGCUCAUAAAAUGUGUUCAGAAAGUA